AGGAAUCGGUCAAACGAGUUGUGGGGCGGGACUGGGCAGCGGCGUCGGGUGCUUCCGUAUUUAUUGUAGAAUCCGGUGUAAGCGGGCACUUUGUAGCCUGUAUUUCUAUUUUUGACGGGUUGGUCGGUGUGUUCCUUGAUCUGAUUGGGAUUUGAACGGACUUGCAUUUCCCUCGGGUUCAGAAUGUCACAGUGGUACCAACUACAGCAGCUGGACUCCAAAUUUCUGGAGCAAGUCGACCAGCUCUAUGAUGACACCUUUCCAAUGGAGAUCAGGCAGUAUCUCGCACAGUGGUUGGAGGCUAAAGAUUGGGAGCAUGCUGCAACCAAUGAUUCAAUGGCCACAGUACUGUUCCAUGAGCUGUUGACACAGUUGGAUGACCAGUACAGCCGAUUCACCUUGGAGAAUAAUUUUCUGCUUCAGCACAACAUCCGGAAAAUCAAACGUAACCUUCAGGUCUUCUUUCAAGAAGAACCCAUUCUUAUGGCACUUACCAUAUCAAACAGUCUAAAUGAAGAAAAGAAAAUCCUAGAAAAUGCUCUGAAAGAUGAAAAGAAUCACGUUGGUCCUCUCCAGAAUGGCGUAAUUCUGGACAAGCAGAAGCAGCUAGAUCGGAACGUGAAGGCUGUAAAGAGCAGUGUUCAGGAGAUUGAACAAGAAAUAAAAUCUCUUGAAGACCUUCAGGAUGAACUUGAUUUCCGAUCAAAAACACUGCAGAGUCGAGAGCAUGAAGUGAAUGGCUUGGCUCAAAAUGAGAUUAAACAAGAAAAACUCCAUCUCCACAAUAUGAUGCUAAAGUUGGAUAUGAAAAGAAAGGAAGUAAUCAAUGAAACUGCCUGCCUACUGAAUGAAGUGGAACAAAUUGAAGGCCUUUUGAUCAAUGAAGAGUUAGUGGAAUGGAAACGGAGACAACAGAUUGCAUGCAUUGGAGGACCUCCUAACACCUGUCUUGACCAGCUACAACAGUGGUUUACAUUGCUGGCUGAAAGUUUGCAGCAAGUUCGGCAACAAUUGAAGAAAUUGGAAGAAUUGGAGCAAAAAUAUUCAUAUGAAGAUGACCCUAUUACUCAAAAAAAGCAAUUCCUGGAGGAAAGAUAUAAUACUUUGUUUGUCACUCUUAUUAAAAGCUCCUUUGUGGUGGAGAGACAGCCUUGCAUGCCAACCCAUCCACAGAGACCCAUGGUUCUAAAAACUGGUGUACAGUUCACUGUGAAGCUAAGGCUAUUGGUAAGACUGCCAGAAUUAAACUACCAGCUGCGUGUAAAAGCAUCCUUUGACAAAGAUGUCACUGAAAAGAGUUCUGUAAAAGGUUUUAGGAAAUUCAAUAUACUAGGAACUAAUACAAAAGUGAUGAACAUGGAGGAAUCUACGAAUGGCAGCUUGGCUGCUGAAUUCCGGCAUCUGCAACUGAAGGAACAGAAAAAUACAGGAAGCAGAACAACAGAAGGACCUCUCAUUGUAACUGAGGAGCUUCACUCCAUCAGCUUUGAGACCCAGUUCUGUCACCAGAAUGUGCCAGUUGAUAUAGAGACAACAUCAUUGCCUUUGGUGGUGAUAUCCAAUGUGAGCCAACUUCCCAAUGGCUGGGCCUCCAUCUUGUGGUAUAACAUGCUCGUAAGUGAGUCUAAGACCUUGGGCUUUUUCUCCAACCCCCCAGCUGCCACAUGGAAUCAGCUCUCUGAGGUAUUGAGUUGGCAGUUCUCCUCUGUCACCAAGCGAGGGCUUAACAAUGAACAGCUCAACAUGCUUGGAGAAAAAUUGCUAGGUCCAAAUAAUUGUUUCAAUGAGAAUUCAAUUCCAUGGUCAAGAUUCUGCAAGGAGAAUCUGAAUGAAAAACCUUUCUCAUUCUGGCUCUGGAUUGAAGGGAUCUUGGAGUUAAUUAAAAAGCAUCUUCUGCCUCUUUGGAAUGAUGGGUGCAUCAUGGGAUUUGUGAGUAAGGAAAAGGAACGGGCCUUGCUGAAGGAUAUGUUGCCAGGUACAUUUUUACUGAGGUUCAGUGAGAGCAGCAGAGAAGGUGCCAUCACUUUUACCUGGGUAGAGACUGCACCAAAUGCUGAGCCUCAGUUUCACUCUGUAGAACCAUACACCAAGCAUCAACUAUCAGCUGUCACCUUCCCAGAUAUCAUUCGCAAUUACAAAGUAAUGGCAGCUGAGAAUAUUCCUGAAAAUCCAUUGAAGUAUUUGUAUCCUGAGAUCCCCAAAGAUCAAGCAUUUGGGAAGUAUUACUCCAGGCCAAAAGAUCCUUCAGAGCCUAUGGACGUGGAUGAUGCCAAGACGAGUGGUUACAUAAAGACUGAACUAAUUUCUGUUUCUGAAGUUCAUCCUUCCAGACUGCAGACAACAGAACACCUUCUACCCAUGUCCGUGGAGGAUUUUGGUGAAUUGACACGACACUUAAGUUCUUCAGAUAUUGAUACAGUGUUGUGUACCGCCUACCCAAGUUAACCAAGAGAACUCUUCACACCCAUGGAUCCACAGUACUUGCUACACAAGCAAAACUCUUACUGCAAUGUAAAUAGUGGCUUUUUUUCCAGCAUGAAGUUACUAUAAACCUGUUUGUAAUGUUUUAGUUACAUUUCUAGAAAACAUGAUUCAUGUUAGAUGUACAUGAACAGUAAAAUGCUAAAUGAAACAGAUGUGAAUAUCUUCCAUGGUCUCAACACAAGCCCUCCUUGUUUUGAAGAUGGCUCCGGUUCAUUGAUUAACCUCCAUCCUCUUCUGCCUUUUUCCCCUCUACCUCCAGUUUCCUCUGUUCCACCUUGCAAGAUCACUUCCCUGGCUCAAACAAUGAGUGUGUGUUAGUCCAAACUAGAGAUGAGAUGCAUGUUUAAGGGUAUUUGUGUGGAGUUCAAUGCCAGUGUCUUUGCCCAAACUAGUUCUGUUUUUUAACCACCUACUUUUUAAUAGUGGAACUCUGCUUAAAUGUGAUUGAACUGUAAUCAAGCCCAUACUGCUGUGCUGGAUCACAGAUGCAGCUGCAGUGCUGUUGCUCUCUUGUUCCUUUUAAGACAUUUGAAGGUACUUUCUCACAUGCAGGCCAUUUUACCUGCUGACCAAACUGCCUGUACAGUAUUACAUUCUAGAAUUCUCCAUUCAUAAUUUGUAUGACCCCCUCCUCACAGAAGCACAAAGCUACUUGUCCUUGUCCACAAGUAGGAACAGCAGAACAAAGGUCUGUUCCUACUUUCUUCUCAUCCUGGUGCUUUGAAACAGAAUGGUAAUGGCAUGACUGAGGGCUCCCCACUGCUUGGCUGUACUUUCAAACACCUGCUCUGCCAUAUUCUUGACUAACAUCAGCGCUUGAGGUGAUGUGAAUGAAGACAUGUGAAAUGUCAAAGUUACCUCAUCAUUGCUGUUUCCCCUGAAAUACUCCACUGGAAGGAGAAAGGUGUAAAGUUAAAGCUGUAUGAUAAUAACCAGUACAAGCCAGUCAGCAGCUGGAAGGAAAGACAAUUGCAGCUUUUCUCCCAACUGACCACUCAAACUCCUUGCUCUUUUCUAGUUUAUUUUCUAUUAAGUGUGAGAUGGUCAUGGACCUUUUGCAAGUUUGUGAACAACCAUUUAGAUACCCACUUGCUGUACUUGUCUGGAAUUUCCCUGAUCUUUUGCAUGUGUUAGUUCACACCUAGAUUUCUUAAGAAUGAAUUUCUUGAAGACCAGUCAGCUACUGACACAAAUGGUAUUCCUCAAUGGAUUCCAUGAUUCCCUGGUCAUUUACAUUAGGCUUAACAAGACUAGAUGAACCCUCAACUACUUAUUUGAGCAGAACUGAUGCUCCCAGAUCCUAUCCCUCAUCAAAACCACCUACAAACACUUGUGCAAUAUCACCCAUCUCCAUUAGCCUUAAUGUAUUCUUUACUGAAAGGUUCCUCUCUGCUUUUGAAAUUCUAGUCUUGAUGACCCCAGAACUUUUCUGGCCAGCUUCCCAGCUGCUGAUUUCCAUAGGCUUGAGCUCUAUAAAAAAUAUACUGCUUGUAUUCUAACCCACAUUAGGUCUCCUGCCAUCAUCUUUGACUUACAACCUUCAGCUCCUGGUCCCUCAAUAUUUUAAAAUCAUUCCUGUUUCCAGACCUGUCAAAGAUUAGGAAGGCAAAAAAAAAACACAACUUUUGUUGCAAAGGGCUUGGAGAACAAAACAAGAGAAUUAAUCUGACUGAAACAAAAAGUCUAGAAAUAAUGUCAGGCAGUUGCUGCUUGACCUGCUAUGUAUUUCUAGAAUCUUGUUUUAACUUAAUUUCUAGCAUCUGCAUUUUUUUUGCUUUUAAUUUCAUUGUACAUGUCUUUUAAAUACUGUGAAUGGUUAAUCUCUAAACCAUUAUUGAAUGAUACAAGGUAAUUAUGCUUUACACCAAACAUCUGGGAAAAUAAAACAACUACACAAUGCCACUCCUUGCCAAUCACAUCCCAGAAGCCACCUCACUCAAGGACAAACAUUGAUGACUUGAAUCUACCACCAUCACCAGUGCACUAGCACAGCCUUUGACCAUCUGAUGGACAAAAGUGUUAGAAGAGUUAAUUCUGGCACUAAGCUUAUUGUCCAUUAAAUAGCAGUAAUUUUCCAGCUUCCCAUGUGCAGGGCUGCAGGGAUUCAUGAUGUUGAUUCCAGGGAUUACUGGUUUGGAACCUGUUGAAACAUAUGAGAGUCAGGAGUGGAUUGACCAGGGAUGUGGUGAGAGGCCACUUUUCCACAGGCUAAAAGAGGGUCCAGCCUCAGGACAAGUCCACAUUGAACAGAGAUGGAUAUGCACUUCUUUACAGGAAUGUAAGAGAAAGUAAUGGGUAAUCAGUCAUUAAAUGUAUUCAAAAUAGAGAAUAAAUGAUUUUGUGCUCCUCAAAGGAUAUGGGGAUCAGAUAAGAAAUUGGACUUAAUAAGGCACAAUCUAAUAUAGAGUGGCAGAGAAACUCCAGGGGCUUUCAGAUACUUCAUGCCUCUCUCUAAACCCCAACAACACUCCAAAAAUUGAUUCCUUCAAAUCUGAAUAUGCAUUCUUUUACUUUGCAGCUGUGCCUUCAGCCAUCUAACUCCAAAGAAAUGAAUUUCCUCCCCAAACCUCUCUCCUCAAGAGUCACUUUAAAACUUUACUUUUUAACAAAGUAUAGGAUCAGCUGUAUUGUUCCCUUUCACCACAUACAAGUUGGUCUUAAAUUAUAGUGAAACAGCUUGCUGUGCACAUUGCUGAUUUCCAAUUCCAACCCCCCCCCCCCCCCCCACAACAAAUAACCUGAAAGCUCCUCUUCAUUGUAAAUAUUUCUUUUGGAGUGUUUGGAAGCAGCAUAAGCAUGCUUUUAUUUGGAAAAACUUGAUUUCUGUUGCAAAUUGAUGACGUGAAUUAAUUAGGUGAUUUAAUAGGUCAUACUUUCCAAAGGCCUGUGGCUCUGGCAGAACUUCCAGGAUCAGGUGACUUUCUCAAAGUACUGAUUGAGUGCUAACUAGCAAUAAUAAUGUAUUCAAAAUGCAGGUUAUUUUUGAUGAGUUACCCACACAAUGGAAGGACUUGUUUGUGCCUCCAAUAGGCGAGAGUAGCUGAAAAUCAAAUGUUGUCAUCACUGGUUUGAAUGUGAAACAAUGCUUUGUCCAAAAAAAGGCAGCAUGUUUAAACUGGCAGUCAUAUAUUCAAUAAACCAGUUAAUAAAGCAUACUUAAUAUA